UCACACUGUCCGGUGCUAUUCAUUUUCGGAAAUUAGAUUUUAUUAAAAUAAAACGGAAAUGCAGCGCGAAGAAAAACACUUUGAGAUGACGCUGGACGCCGUCCUGCAGCGCCUGAACGACUUAAAGCUGGCGGUGCUGGCCAUGAUCCAGAAACUGGAGAUGGAAUUCGAGACCAUUAACUGGCCAACAUUUCUGGACAAUUUUGCCAUAAUUUCCAGCCACUUGACAGGAUUAACGAAGAUUCUGGCCAAAGAGCAGUGUCCACCGCUAAGGAACCGAACGGUGCUGCCGCUGCUGGUGUCCAUGGAUCGCGACGAGACGCUAAUAGGCAUCACUGAGGGACGCGUGCCGGUGUUCUCGCACGACAUUGUGCCGGACUAUCUGCGGACGCGUCCCGAUCCCCUCACCGAGCAGAAGAUGCAGGCGAACGAGCAGAAGGCGGCAAAUCUCACCAACGAUGCGGCCAUGAAGCAGGUCACCCAAUACAACAAGGUUGUCUCCCACGUCCUGGACAUGGUGAGCAAGGCCCGCGAGGAGUGGGAGAUUGAGUCCUCCUCGCGCACCGGCAUCCAACAGACCAGCAGCAUGGCCGACACCCAGCUCCUCGUUGCAGCCGUGGGCAUGGGCAAGGGCAUGAAGAUGACCAGCUACGGCCCCGGGCCGAACAUGAUGGUUCCACCCUCAAUACGCGCCUCCUCGCCUAUGGGCGGCCCCGCCAUGAGCCCGGGCAACGUGCAGCAGCAGCUCGGCAAGGCACCCUCAGCGGUGAAGACCAACAUCAAAGCGGCCAACCAAGUGCAUCCCUUCUCGCGAUAGAGCUAAAAUCAUAAAUUUGUGUAUAUUGUUGCGUUUUUCCGAGAAGGAGUACAGAGUUAGCGGUUCCCGUGUGUGUGGGGGAAUGUAUCGUCUUAAUAAAUUAUAAAUAAUACACCUAAUCCUAAGGCUAUAAUUAAGCAAACAUAAACGUGAACAAGUUCAAAAAAAGUCAAAA